CUGGGACGGAACCUAUGCUGACAAUAAAGUUACGCAACAAGAAGAGAGGAGGGGAUUUUGGAAACAUAACAGGAAGAGAAGCCAGAGGAACAAAAAGCAGCAGAAUGUCUCUCAAUCUCGAGAAGAUGGAUUUACCUCCUCGGUCAAAGCUGUUUGACUUCCAUGGAGUCUCAAUGAUUCCUUGUUUUACAGACAACUGGGAGAACUAUCAGAAUUUUCAGGCAAGACCCGAUGACAUACUCAUUGCAACAUAUCCAAAGGCAGGGACUACAUGGGUCUCAUACAUUCUUGAUUUGCUCUACUUUCGUGAGUCACUUGAGGAUCGUCUGACCACCAUCCCAAUCUAUGAAAGAGUGCCUUUUCUGGAAAUCUGCAUCCCGGGUUUGUUUUCAGGCAAAGACCUGGUAGAUAAUCUCACCACAUCCCCAAGGCUCAUAAAAACUCAUCUUCCAGUCCAGUUUGUUCCAAAAUCUUUCUGGGAGCAAAAUUGUCGGAUUGUGUACAUGGCUCGCAAUGCAAAGGACAACAUGGUGUCCUUUUUCCACUUUGAUCGCAUGAACAAGGUUGAACCAGAUCCUGGGGAGUGGAGCUCCUUCUUCCAAAGAUUUUUGGACGGAAAAAUGGUGUUUGGCUCUUGGUACGACCAUGUGAACAACUGGUGGAAGAAGAAAGAGUCUUAUUCCAAUCUCCACUACAUGUUCUUUGAGGAUUUGGUUGAGAACACUGGACAUGAAAUAGAGAAACUUUGCUCUUUCCUUGGCUUAUCUCCUUCAGCUGAAGAGGUAGAAAGACUCUCAAGUUCAGUGCAGUUUGAUAACAUGAAAAAGGACAAGAUGGCCAACUAUUCCACCGCCCCAGUCAUGGAUUUCAAGAUUUCUCCUUUCAUGAGAAAAGGAAAGGUUGGUGACUGGAAGAACCACUUCACUGUGGCUCAGAAUGAAGCAUUUGAUGAAGAUUACAAAAAAAAGAUGACGGAUCCCACGCUGCAGUUCCGCACAGAAGUCUGACAAACUCACUGUGUGUUCCAAGAUGAGUCUAGUCCUGCAGUGACACAGUUUUCUAUAUCAAAAGGUUUACUAUAAUUUAAUGUGAUAAAUGAAAUGUUUUAGGUUCUAGUAAUAGUUACUGCUUUUGUCAAAAUGUCAGACAAGGCUUUUAGUUUUGUUUUUGUCAAGACAUGUCAUAUACCUUUUAAACUGGACAUAAAUGAUUUUAUACUUUUAAGGAUUUUAAUUUUUUUUGUUGCCAGAUUGAGUUAAGUGUCUGAGUGUAUGUUUUACAUUGUAUUCCCAUGAGACAAAAGUCUUUAUUAGAAGAGCUGUGAUGAAACAGGACUUAACAAUCAAAUUAAUCAAAAAUGUAAUAUUCUCAAUUUUAUUUCAACUUUUGUUUCCAUCCUUUCAGACUCUUGCUCUGUUAAGUCAUUGCAAUCACACAUUGGAGUUCUCCAGAGCAACAAACGUCUCAUUAGUGUAGUUACUUUGGCUGGUCUGCUCACCAGCCCAUCCCUGAAAUGCAUUGGACACAUAGAGUCUGGUUAUGUUAUCCUGACACGCGCAGUGCUUUCCUAAAACUAGAAAAAUAACUUUAAUCCCAAAAAGUCAAUUUAGCAUAAAAUCUCAACUGUGUUACAUGAGAACACUUCCCAUUAGUAUCUGUUCAUCAAAACUGGCAUGUCAUCAAAUUAUUCACAAAGAUCAUUAUUUUUAUAAGAUAAUUGAAAUGAUUUUUCUUUGCUGUGUCAAUGCCAGAACGUCAUCUUGACAAUAGAGUGAAAUAAAUUGAUGAAGAGAUCCCGCAAACUC